AGCGCCAUCCCGUUUCGUCUUUCGCCCGAGCACACCGGACACUCGGGCACCCGAGCACCGAGCGAGAGAGGAUGGCCUCCCUGGCGCAGCACGUCGCGGGCCUCCCGUGCCCGCCUCUCUCCGGCGCUUCGCGCCGCCGCCCCGCGGCGCCGAGGCGGCCGCCGUCGGCGCUGGUGUGCGGGACGUACGCGCUGACCAAGGAGGAGCGGGAGCGGGAGCGGAUGCGCCAGCAGUUCGACGAGGCCUCCGAGCGGUGCCGCACCGCGCCCAUGGAGGGCGUCGCCUUCUCCCCGGAGGACCUCGACACCGCCGUCGAGUCCACCGACAUCGACACCGAGAUCGGCUCCCUUAUUAAAGGAACAGUGUUCAUGACUACCUCAAAUGGUGCAUAUAUUGACAUCCAAUCGAAGUCUACUGCUUUCUUGCCUCUGGAUGAGGCAUGCCUUCUUGACAUUGAUAAUGUUGAAGACGCGGGCAUUCGCCCUGGUUUAGUAGAAGAAUUCAUGAUAAUUGAUGAGAACCCUAGUGAUGAAACUUUGAUUCUGAGUUUGCAAGCAAUUCAGCAAGAACUUGCGUGGGAAAGGUGCCGGCAACUUCAGGCUGAAGAUGUUGUCGCCACGGGCAAAGUGAUUGGCGGAAACAAAGGAGGUGUAGUAGCUCUUGUGGAAGGGCUUAAGGGAUUUGUUCCGUUUUCCCAAGUGUCAUCGAAAACAACUGCGGAAGAGCUGCUUGGCAAAGAACUGCCUCUCAAGUUUGUAGAGGUUGAUGAGGAACAGGGCAGGCUUGUCCUCAGCAACCGCAAGGCAAUGGCUGACAGUCAGGCCCAGCUUGGUAUUGGUUCAGUUGUUUUGGGAACUGUUGAGAGCCUAAAACCUUAUGGUGCCUUCAUUGACAUCGGUGGAAUCAAUGGCCUUCUCCAUGUCAGCCAGAUUAGUCAUGACCGUGUUGCGGAUAUCUCAACAGUUCUGCAACCAGGAGAUACCCUCAAGGUGAUGAUACUGAGCCAUGACCGCGAAAGAGGCCGUGUCAGCCUUUCUACAAAGAAGCUUGAGCCAACACCUGGUGACAUGAUCCGCAAUCCCAAGCUUGUUUUCGAGAAGGCCGACGAGAUGGCUCAGAUAUUCAGGCAGAGAAUAGCUCAAGCAGAGGCAAUGGCUCGUGCUGACAUGUUGAGAUUCCAGCCAGAGAGCGGAUUGACACUCAGUUCCGAGGGAAUCCUAGGACCGUUGUCAUCGGACUCGCCUUCAGAGGAUUCAGGAGAAGAACCCACGGAUGAAUAGAAGCGGUAGACAGAAUGCAUCGGGUUUGGAAGAUGUGAUGGCUGUUUAUCAUAUUCAUUUUUCUUCGAGCGAAGGCAUGACAAAAGGCCUGUUCUGUUCAGAUCGUUUCCCCCCUUUCAGCUGUGCUUGUCCCCAUGUGUAGGAAAUUCGGAAAUGUAAGAAGGUUCUGAAGACGCCGAAAAGAAAUGGAAUUUACUUACCUUGUGAAGCUAUCCAA